CUUAUCAUUGCGAUAACGUGGGAAUGAUGACGAGGUUAACAAACCUGGACUUAUAUAAAUAGGACACCACUACACAAAUAGUUGAUUAAAAAAACCAAAGGAAAUGACCAGGUUGACAGGAAUAUUGACGUGUCUUCUGCCACUGCUGGCUUACGCCCAGAACGAUGUCAGCUGGUAUGAUUAUUACACAGCAGGCGGACGAACAUCAGGACUCGUUGCUGCCAGCAAAGAUGGAUUUUUACUGAAUGGAAAACCAUUUCACAUCAUCAGCGGAGCUGUUCAUUAUUUUCGAAUUCAUCCAACUCAAUGGCGUGAUCGACUGAGAAAACUACGGGCAAUUGGCGCCAACACUGUUGAAACGUACAUGCCGUGGAACCUUCACGAGCCUCGUCGUGGAGAAUAUGAUUUCAGUGAAGGCCAAAAUGAUAUGUCCUAUUUUCUUAAUGUGACCGCUUUUGUCGAAAUGGCUCAGCAAGAGGACCUAUUCGUCAUUUUGCGGCCAGGCCCUUACAUCUGCUCUGAAUGGGAGUUUGGUGGAUUGCCAAGUUGGCUUUUACGUGAUCCUGAGAUGAAAGUUCGCACUUCCUAUCCUGGAUUCCUCCAGGUGGCUGAUGGUUACUUGACAGAAGUAUUCCGACGCGUAGCUGAUUUGCAAUUUCAACGAGGGAAUGGGCCUAUCAUUGCCUUUCAAGUUGAGAAUGAAUACGGGGCUUUCCGAGAAGGUUCAGAGGUGCCCGAAACGCAAUAUUUGAUUCAUUUGCGAGACAAGAUGAUUGAAUUAGGGUCAAUUGAAAUGUUCUUUACGUCAGACACACCCUCGAAUAACGGUGACUUGGGGGCUGUUCCAGGUGAGUUACAGACAGCCAAUUUUGCAUACGAAGCGGAUAAACAAUUUGAUGCCCUCGACGUGCUACAACCAACAAAACCGUACAUGGUGGCUGAGUUUUGGAGCGGAUGGUUUGAUCACUGGGGUCAACUCUACCACGAUGGAACGUCUUUAAAUGACUUUACUUACGUCCUGGAACGUAUCUUCGCUCGAAACAGUUCAGUGAAUUUCUACAUGUUUAUUGGUGGGACAAGUUUCGGAUUUAUGAACGGAGCAAACUUACAAUCCUCUUUCCCAUUUUACGCUGCCGAUAUCAGCAGUUACGAUUACGAUUCACCUUUAAGCGAAGCAGGCGAUUACACUGACAAAUACUACGCUGCCAAAGACCUCAUCGCUCGAUUCAACAGAAUUCCCCGAGUAACUUGGUGAUCCAAUCGGACAACUUGCUGGCCAUGGAAGAUCUUCCAAUUAACAACGGCAAUGGCCAGAGUUACGGAUAUAUUUUAUAUCGAAACACUGCCAGCUUGACAGGUGGUGCACAUACCAUCCAAACUGUUGGUCACGUCCGCGAUUUGGCUGUUUUCCUGCUGGACCAGCAACGUUUGACACCUGAUUGGAAAAACGACCUUCAGCUGAAUGAUUUCGGCUUUUGGGCACUAGAGAAUCGAACAUUCGACUUCAACGCUGAUAAAGGAGACACCAACUAUGUAGUAGAUUUGCUGGUGGAAAACAUGGCAAGGAAUAAUUUUGGCCCACCAAGCUACUUCGCUCAGAAACGAGGUUUGCCAGAGGGACCUGUUUUGCUAGACGACGAAGAAGUGGUUGGAUGGACAAUCUUUCCUUUAGAAUUUACAUCAGCUUGGGUACGCGGAUUGACAAAUUGGAAUGCCUCUCCAGCUCCACCAACGACUGUCAUUUGUCCUACACUUACCAAGUCAACUUUGACGAUUGCUGAUGAUCCAACUGACACGUACAUUACGACUACCGGAUGGGGUGAUGGUAACCGAGGCGUCGUCUUUGUCAAUGGUUUUAACAUUGGUCGCUAUUCGGGCAUUGGUCCCACGAAAACUCUUUACAUUCCGGCUCCAUUGUUGAGCCGUGGCGACAAUACCAUUCUGGUUUGGUCCCUGUUCGAUCCCGUGACGACUAUCGCGUUCACAGAUCAGCCAGAUUUAGGUCCAUCAACUCAACCGUAAGCCAUGACACCGCAUCUUGAAAUCAACGUUUCGAUAUCAGCAGUAUUCUUCAUACAAGUUGCUCUGUAGAGAAAUGUUUUUGUAUUUCUAAAAUGAAAAGAAGAAACCAAUAAAUUACUUUCCUUUGCCUGCAAAA